AUGGAACAACUCGUCACGCCAAUCAAGCAUCUCGCGCAACCCCUGCAAAUAGGGCCGCUGAAACUCCGUAAUAGGUUUGGGAUGUCGUCGAUUUCUCGGAAUAGGUCUUCCAACGGCACGUAUCCCAACGAGCUCAAUGCCGAGUACUUCUACCAGCGCGCUCUAGGCGGCGCGGGCUUCAUUUCGGCGGGCGGCGCCCUCAUCGAACCCCAGGGCACUCCGAUGCGCGAGACUCCCCAGAUUGACACGCACGAGCACAUGCUGGCGUGGAAGAAGGUCGUUGACAAGGUGCACACCGUGCCCGGGUCGAUCUUCUUCUGCCAGCUUUGGCACUGUGGCCGGAUGACCUAUGCGGACGCCAAAAUCCAAAAGGACUACGGCAAGCCGACCAUCGCGCCCAGCGCCAUCCAGGCCCGCAUGGGCAUUGCUCCCGACAACGACGGCGUGUACGAUCUCGAGCCGGGGCUGGACAAGGGCUACUCGGUGCCGACGGCCAUCGAGGACCCGAAGACGGUGGUCGAGCAAUUCCGCCAAUCCGCCAUCUAUGCGAAACAGGCUGGAUUCGACGGCGUCGAGUUGCACGGCGCCAACGGGUACCUCGUAGCACAGUUUCUUGACGACGGUGCCAAUAUCCGGACAGACGAAUAUGGUGGUUCGGUCGAGAAUCGCGCAAGAUUCUGCUUGGAGUGCAUCGAUGCGCUUGUCGAAGUGUGGGGACCCCAUCGCGUGGGCAUCAAGCUGUCUCCGGCGGUUGGUCGAGGCGACCUGGGCAUGUUCCCCGUGGAGAGACAGAUUGAACAAUUCACCUACCUGAUCAAGGAGCUCGACAAGCGCCCCCUGGCUUACAUAAACCUGGUCAGAUACCUGGAGUGGAUGGACAUGGAAGUCGACGGCAAGAUGCGAGGGCCCGUGCACCCCGUGUGGGCGACAUAUCGCCACCUGAUCAAGAACGCCAAGGUGUUCCUAAACGGCGCCAUCUCCCUGGUCGAGGCCGAGGAACUUCUCAAAGACAAUACCGGCGACGUGAUCAUCUUCGGUCGCCCCUGGUUGAUCAAUCCGGACUUUGCCAACGCGGCGAUGGCCGGCAGGGAGAAGGAAAUCAAGUUCGACUACAACUUUGACUACUUUGCGCAGUAUCCGCCUGGAGACCAGGCUAAGGGGUAUAUCGACUAUCCUUUCAUAACGACCGACUACCGGGCUCCACAAUUGGCGUCGAAGAUUUAG